ACGAAGAAGACACAAGAGCAACGCUUCCGCAAACUCACCACUCCGCUCAAGAUCCGGCGUUUUUUUUCUCGCUUCUAAGAAGAAAAUGACGAAAAACAAAGACAAGCGACGUGAGAAUAUAAGCGUCGCGACUGAGAUUGACCGGCUGGAGGAGAGGCGCGCGCGUUGUCAGGACAACAUCGAGAGAGCGGCUCUGAGGACCAGGAAGGAGCAGCUGUCUGAGAAGGACAGACAAGAUCUAGAAGAUGAACUGGCCAUUAUGAAUGAAAGGGUGCAGAAGUUAGAUAAGGAGCUCCAGAUUUUACGAGGAGAGAACCGGAGGAACAUGCUGCUCUCAGUCGCCCUGCUGGCUGUCAGUGCACUUUUCUACUACGCCUUUUUCUACAAUGAAGACUAAUGAUCUCAUCUUCUUACUCUUACUGGACUGCUGCACACGAGAGAAGUGCUCACCCGCCAGAAGAAGUACCUCAGUUCGGUCCCUUGGUGGCACGUUUGUCAUUUGUGUUAUCCAGUGCCGAAAUGUUGCAAUGCAGCGCUGCUUUUACAACCUCUGUUUUGCAUCCUUACUUUGGUGAGCCUGAAGUGAAUGUGGUUUAAAUGGGAACAGGAGGCAGACGAAUGUACUUUUUCUUAAUGCCAAGUGUUUGUUUUUAUUUGAUAUAUGUAAAACGUUGCCAAAUAUUCUGCUUCAGUAAAAGAAAAUGUGCCGUGCAGUUUGGUACAUUUUAUGCUUGAAGUGGAAGUGAUUCACACGUGACUCAACAGCACCAUCUAUUGGUUAAUAUUGUCUUGGAAUUAACCAAAAGAGGAUGUGAAUCAGGAUCUGCUUAUAUGUGGGUGUGGAAACACAGGGUUUAACCUCGACAGAGCUUCAGUGAGGUAACUUGGGCUCACCGCGGCCAAGUGUUGGCAGUGGCCAGGAGACCCCUCGCUCCGGUAACAGCCUUCUCAGAUGUGUUGUUACCUGGUGAUGGAUUACACUAUGUGCCUCCAGGUGUUGGAGAACUCUCAGCAUCUGGCAUUUUCUCCAGUGAUGAGUGAACAAAUCAUUGAAUAUAUCAGAACAAAAAAAAGCUAUUUUUAUCCCUUCGCCUUGAGUGACGAGUGGGAUGGCGACAGAAGAGGAACAGAAGCUGCUGAAACUUCUCCGAUGAUCUUUUUCUUGGCAUUUCGCAUCACAAGGUGGGCUCCAGUGAAGCACCCUCCUCUGAGCCGCCAGAGUCACAUGGCAGCGCGUUUUAGCUCCUCAAUCCACCUUAAUGGUUUCUCAGUGUCCCUUUUGGAAAAUUAUUUUGGCUCUCUGAAUUCAUUGGAUCAUUAUCUGCACCGCAUUACUGUUUUUUUUAUUUUUUCCAAUUUCUGCCGAGUUCAUUUGAUGACUCAGAUUUUCUGUGUCAUAACGAGAUGUGUCAUCGUUUGACUAUUGUGGGAUUAAUUUCAUCUCUUAGAGGGUGAACGCUGUCGUGCCGUAUGUCACUGUAAAUAACAUACGUUUUGCUU